AUGGAUCUCAAGACAGUCGUCCGCAACCUAAAGGACGAAUCCAUAGCGCGAGCAAAGGACCACGAGGCGCCGCUCAAGUCGAGCGCGCCCCGGCAGAAACGGUGGGCCACAAAGAGCAAAACUGGCUGCGCUACUUGCCGGAUCCGACGCAUCAAAUGCGACGAGGGAAAGCCUUACUGCCAGCGAUGCGUCCUCACCGGGCGCCAGUGCAGCGGGUAUACCGCCCCCGCAGCUUCUUCGCCCAAUUCCGCGGCGUCGUCCUCCAAAUCGGUCGUCCUGGCACCCAGGACCAAUCAUCCCGACUGGGACAUUAUGGAUGCAAUCAAAUAUUUUGGGGCUGUCAUGUUGAAGGAGGAAGCCUUUCACAAUCCGGGUGACAGUACUUUUGUGACGAGUUUCAAACCGGAUAUUCACAUUGAGAAAAUCACCUCCCGUGAGAGCUUUGUUGCUCUGGUGGUGACGGACCGCAUCGUCAACGCCUCUGCCCAGGCCGGCGUCUUACCUCGACAAGGUCACCUUCCGGGCAUCAACCACCUCUGGUCCUUGCUCUACCGACACAUUGAUAUUGUGAUUAAGGAUCUGAACUCGCGAAUAGCAGGCGGUGCCGCGAUUGAGACACUUCUUCGUCGGCUGGUCGACCUGCUCAGUAUUGAUCUCUCGAUCAUGGAUCCUGCUUGGCGAUCCCACGUGGAGGGCUUUGCAGCUCUGGUCAAGCUUCAUGGUGGCGUUCAAAAAGUUCUCAGCGUCAGGGCUGCUCUGGAACGUGAUCAGAGGAUACCGCCAAUGGCCCUACACUACGUCUUGAUAUACUCUACUUUGGCCAAUACAGCAAGCCCCGCCAGCAAUCAGAUCAAUGGCCUCGCCAACUGGUCACCCGACGACAUAUCCGCCGCCUACUCACACACCGGCUUUCACCCCGCUCCUUGCCCAACCUCUGUUCUUCAAGACAUUGUUCGAAUCACACGACUACGCACCAUGUGCUUGGCGGAACCAACCGUCACCUCCGCCUUUGUGCCUAUUGCGCGCGAAGUCUCUUGGCUUCUGCAAUCGUUUGAUCCGGACAGAUGGACAGAACCAUACGCGAAGCCCGAAGAACCCUGCUCACCGUUGGCUGGCGACUUGUACAAGACCGCCUCUAUCUUGUAUGGGAUUUUGUCGCUGCCCACGGUACUGGCUAUCGAGUUUGCCGCGAUCCCCGGCACGAGCCCCGCCCCAGACAUGACAUUUGCGGUGGAAAGGGGCCGCAUCUUCUACGGCGCCCUCCUGAUGACGCUCGUCGACAGGGCGAUGGCGGAGCUGCCAAUGCCGCAGGGUGUCAGCUGGCCGAUUGCCGUGCUCGGCGUCGCCAAGCACGAUGCGCCGCAGGACGAAAAGGACAGACUGCUCCAGCAUUUGCAGGUACUGCGCCUGAAGCCCGGCGCGGACAGCGGUGCGGCGAACAUUUCUAUUAAGCUGCGCGACUUUUGGUACUUUGGCCGCACGCAGUGGGAGGAAUGCUACCACGAGCCGAUCAACGUCAUUACUUAG